UCUUGAUUGAAGAUCCCUCCUCCUAUUCCGGUAGCUCAGAAUGAGUCAGCUGAGACUGCUGCCAUCCCGGCUUGGGGUACAGGCAGUGAGACUUCUGUCUGCGAGGGGUAUCCCAGGGCCCGGCCUGCGCAACUGGUCCUCUGGGCCCCCUGCCACCUUCCCAGGAGGCAGAGGUGGAGGCGACUCCAGUUAUGUGGAGGAGAUGUACUUCGCCUGGCUGGAAAACCCGCGGAGCGUUCACCAGGCCUGGGACAGCUUCUUCCGGCAAGCCAGUAAGGAAGCAUCUGCACGCCCUGCUCACCAGCAGCUCCUGACUGUCGUCCCUGAGAGCAGGUCUGCAGCCUCAAGCCGCACCAAGACCAGCAAGCUGGUGGAGGACCACCUGGCUGUGCAGUCCCUGAUCCGGGCCUACCAGAUCCGGGGACACCACGUGGCCCAGCUGGACCCCCUGGGCAUUCUGGAUGCAGAUCUGGACUCCUUUGUGCCCUCAGACUUAAUCACGACUAUUGAUAAGUUGGCUUUCUACGACCUGCAGGAGGCUGACCUGGAUAAGGAGUUCCAGCUGCCUACCACCACCUUCAUUGGAGGCUCUGAAAACACGCUCUCUCUUCGGGAGAUCAUUCGGCGACUGGAGAGCACCUAUUGCCAGCACAUUGGCCUGGAGUUCAUGUUCAUUAACGAUGUGGAGCAGUGCCAGUGGAUCCGGCAGAAGUUUGAGACCCCUGGCGUGAUGCAGUUCUCUAGUGAGGAGAAGCGGACCCUGCUGGCCCGGCUGGUGCGCUCCAUGAGGUUUGAAGACUUUCUCGCUCGAAAAUGGUCCUCAGAGAAGCGGUUUGGCCUGGAGGGUUGUGAGGUCAUGAUUCCUGCCCUCAAGACCAUCAUCGACAAGUCCAGCGAGAUGGGGAUCGAGAAUGUCAUCCUGGGGAUGCCACACAGGGGCAGGCUAAAUGUGCUGGCCAACGUGAUCCGCAAGGACCUGGAGCAGAUCUUCUGCCAGUUUGACCCCAAGCUGGAGGCGGCUGAUGAGGGCUCUGGGGACGUCAAAUACCACUUGGGCAUGUACCAUGAGAGGAUCAACCGUGUCACCAACAGAAACAUUACACUGUCGCUGGUGGCCAACCCCUCCCACCUGGAAGCUGUGGACCCUGUAGUUCAGGGAAAGACAAAGGCAGAACAGUUUUACCGUGGGGAUGCCCAGGGCAAGAAGGUCAUGUCCAUCCUGGUCCAUGGGGAUGCCGCCUUUGCUGGCCAGGGAGUGGUCUAUGAGACCUUCCACCUGAGUGACCUGCCUUCUUAUACCACUAAUGGCACUGUGCAUGUUGUGGUCAACAACCAGAUUGGCUUUACCACAGACCCACGAAUGGCCCGCUCCUCACCAUACCCCACUGACGUGGCCCGUGUGGUCAACGCACCCAUCUUCCAUGUUAACGCCGACGACCCCGAGGCUGUCAUCUAUGUGUGCAGUGUGGCUGCCGAGUGGAGGAACACCUUCAACAAGGAUGUCGUCGUGGACCUGGUCUGCUAUCGCCGGCGUGGCCACAAUGAGAUGGACGAGCCCAUGUUCACACAGCCCCUCAUGUACAAGCAGAUCCAUAAGCAGGUGCCUGUGCUGAAGAAGUAUGCGGACAAGCUCAUCGCUGAGGGCACUGUUACCCUGCAGGAGUUUGAGGAAGAAAUUGCCAAGUAUGACAGGAUCUGUGAGGAGGCAUAUGGCAGGUCCAAGGACAAAAAGAUCCUUCAUAUAAAGCACUGGCUGGACUCACCCUGGCCCGGUUUCUUCAACGUGGAUGGGGAGCCCAAGAGCAUGACAUGUCCUGCCACUGGCAUCCCAGAGGACAUGCUGACACACAUUGGCAAUGUGGCCAGCUCUGUGCCCCUGGAGGACUUUAAGAUCCACACAGGCCUAUCUCGCAUCCUGCGUGGCCGUGCAGACAUGACCAAGAAGCGCACGGUGGACUGGGCAUUGGCGGAGUAUAUGGCCUUCGGCUCGCUGCUGAAGGAAGGCAUCCAUGUGCGGCUCAGCGGCCAGGAUGUGGAGAGGGGCACAUUCAGCCACAGGCACCAUGUUCUUCAUGACCAGGAAGUUGACCGGAGGACAUGUGUUCCUAUGAACCAUCUGUGGCCUGACCAGGCCCCCUACACCGUGUGCAAUAGCUCCCUCUCAGAAUACGGAGUCCUAGGCUUUGAGCUGGGCUAUGCCAUGGCCAGCCCCAAUGCCCUGGUCCUCUGGGAGGCUCAGUUUGGUGAUUUUCACAACACAGCCCAGUGCAUCAUUGACCAGUUCAUCAGCACCGGCCAGGCCAAGUGGGUUCGGCACAAUGGCAUUGUGCUGCUGCUGCCCCAUGGCAUGGAGGGCAUGGGCCCGGAGCACUCCUCCGCACGGCCUGAGAGGUUCCUGCAGAUGAGCAAUGAUGACUCGGACGCCUACCCGGUGUUCACCAAGGACUUUGAGGUAAGCCAGUUGUAUGACUGCAACUGGAUCGUCGUGAACUGCUCUACACCGGCCAGCUACUUCCACGUGCUCCGCCGGCAGAUCCUGCUGCCCUUCCGCAAGCCCCUGAUUGUCUUCACACCCAAAUCUCUGCUGAGGCACCCCGAGGCCAAGUCCAGCUUCGACCAGAUGGUGUCAGGAACCAGCUUCCUGCGAGUGAUUCCAGAAGAUGGGGCUGCAGCGCAGGCUCCUGGGCAGGUGCGGCGGCUCAUCUUCUGCACAGGAAAAGUGUACUACGAUCUGGUAAAGGAACGGAGCAGCCAGGGCCUGGAGGGGCAGGUGGCCAUCACUCGCCUGGAGCAGAUCUCUCCAUUUCCCUUCGAUCUGAUCAAGCAGGAGGCAGAGAGGUACCCCGACGCAGAGCUGGUGUGGUGUCAGGAGGAGCACAAGAACAUGGGCUACUAUGACUACAUCAGCCCGCGCUUCAUGACCAUCCUUGGCCAGGCUCGGCCCAUAUGGUAUGUAGGCCGUGAGCCAGCAGCUGCACCAGCCACUGGAAACAAGAACACUCACCUGGUGUCACUGAGGAAGUUUCUGGAUACUGCCUUUAAUCUCCAUGCCUUCGAGGGCAAGACGUUCUAGAGUGGGGCACGGCCU